AUGCACGUCCGGCAAAGCUCCUCCCCACUAUCAAAAUUCCCCCCUCUAAUCAACAGCUUAGCCCUCGUCUCCAACAGAGCCGCUUUCAGCAGAGUCACCUCUUGCCACACGUGCUCGUCUACUCCACUACUUUCCCCUCCCGACUUCAUCUUCUUCUUCUUCCAGCACAAAGACCCCACGUUCGUGCACACCUUCAACAGCUCCAACGCCGAGUUGCACCGCGAAAACGCCGUGAACGCUCGUAUAGCCAGCGGAAUCGCGGCUCGUUUGAUGACCAUCUCCGCCGGCUUGAGCUCGACGAGCGGUGGCUCGUUCUUGAACCCGAAAACGAGAAACGCCGUUGCCCAAAGAUGGUCCGGUGUCGCGAUCGGGCUCCCGAUUUUCCUCAUCCCUUGUACCGUGGCCUUCGCUGCUAACGGGCCGCCGCCGUAUCUCCAUUCCGCAAAUUCUCGGGCGGUAGGGUGGAAUUGGAUCCAUAGCUGCCCGGGCUGCCGGAUGGCCCGCCGGGCCAGCCCAAGCCGGAUUAGAAGUUGGGCCGAGUCAUUGUCCCCACACUUCCACGUUCGGCCCGCAAAGAAGCACGAUAGCGCGGGCCCAACGCACUUGGCCCAUUUCUUCCUCCUCCCGCCGGACGGCGGCACGUGGCUUGCCGCGGCCGCUAGUAAAUCCGCCGGGACAGGGCCCGGCGCGAGCCACGGCCCGACCCGAAGCAUCCUCGACGAGAGGGCGUUGCGGGCCCCGCCCUUCCGCUCGAGCACGUCGGUGCAGAACGAGAGGACUUUCGUCAGAAACGGGCUCGUUGGAGGAGGACCGAACAUUGUCUCGUCGAAUUGGGCCUGGCGGGAGACCGCCUCGAAUAGCUCCGAGGGCCCGAUCGAGAGCUCGGAGAGCAACGAGCCCACGACCGAAAGCCCGAAGCCCGACCUACCCAACUUCUCGUCGAAUUUAGUGAGGAAGUCGAGCUCGUCGGCCGAAUACUCCCUCCUCCGCCUCCCCCGGAUUAGGGUCGUCGCCUCGAGGUAG